AUGGACAAAGAUUCAGAUUUUGAGGACAGGAGAAUGAACAAUUCCCGAAAACGACAAAUGGCUGAUUCCCCAGCGUCGGACGAGGCAGAAGAGAAGAUUCCAAGAGUGGAAUUCGAGCCAACAACUAAGUCUGUCAUUGCUGAAAAGCUGGAGAGCGUCAAAAGCAACAGAGGCGGCAUUCCUGCCAUUCUUUACGCAGCUGAAUUCGCCUGUUUCGAGGAAUGCCAGGCACUCGUAAAGCAAGGAGAAGACGUGAAUGUGACGGAUAAAAUUGGAAACGACGUCUACCACUACGCAUUUAAUUCACAGCCACUGGAUCUGUUGAAAUUCGCUUUUGAGCAGGACCCGUCGGUGGUCAAAGUGAAGGAAAGGGACGAAUACGACCAGGAAAUUGCUUGGGAGGCAGCAAUGAACCUAAAUUUUGAGUCAUUCAUGUGGAUUCUAGAGAUGGCUGGCAGCUUAGUUGAAAGUAAAGAAUGGAGACUGGAAAUUAUCAAACACGCUGCUGCCAAUGACAACGAAGAAGAUGGCGAGGCAAUCGCCAAUCACGUGUUCAAUUCUUUCGCCAAUGACUACGAUAAAGAAGAUUUGACCUGUGUUCUCACUGAAGUCAUGCCGUGGGGAAAGUUGAAAGUUGUCCAAAUGUUGGUUGAUCGCGGUGCCGACCUGAAAGCUGUGGAGGAGAAUGAAUUGGAGGCUGCAAAAUUCGUAUACCAAAAGAACCCAGAAGAGAUUACGUCACGAAUGUUGAUCUGCGCGGCAGAAAAAAGGAACGUCGAAAUGUGCGAGUGGCUGGUUGGACUUCUCGAAGAGCAAGGUCGAAAACAGCCCGUGGAUCAAUCCCCUGAGUCGAAUGAGAAGAAAGAGAAGAUUCCAAGAGGGGAAUUCGACCCAAAAGUGCCUCUUGCUGAAAAGCUGGCUUACGUCAAAAGCAACAGAGGCGACAUUCCUGCCAUUCUUUACGCGGCAGAAUUCGCCUGUUUCGAGGUAUGCCAGGAACUCGUAAAGCAAGGAGAAGACGUGAAUGUGACGGAUAAAAUUGGAAACGACGUUUAUCACUACGCAUGUAAGAAUAAAACGUGCGAUUUGGAGCUGAUCGAUUUGUUUGCAAAUAACGGAGCUGAUAUUGAACGGUUGAAUGAGAAUCAGGAUGAUGCAGUCAUGGACGCUCUGCAACAGGGAAACGUCAAGUUUGCAGUCAAGCUGUUCGGUUUGUACGGAACCGAGCGAAGUUUACUUUGGUAUUGCAUUCCUUCACAAACAACGAACAUGUUGAAACUCGCUUACGACCAGGACCCGUCAGUGGUGAAAGUGAAGAACAGUGACGGAUUCGACAAAGAGAUAUUGAAGCAGGCGGCAUUAUUCAAAGAUUUUGAAACAUUCGAGUUGGUCCUCCAGAUAGAAAGAGAUUUCAGCGGAGAUUUACUCAAAAGUAAAGAAUUUCGAGAGGAUAUUCUCAAGAAGGCUGCUAUCAAUGACAACGAAGAAGCUAGCGUGAAAAUCACCGACUUCAUUUUUUCUUUUGCGAAUGACUUUGAGCAAAAAGAUUUCACCCGUCUUCUCACCGAUAUCAUGCCGGGGGCAAAGUUGAAAGUUGUCCAAAUGUUGGUUGAUCGCGGUGCCGACCUGAAAGUACGUAUGUGGCGAGAAGGAAUUUCUUAUUCCCUCUUUGAGAAGGCUGUGGAGGAGAAUGAAUUGGAGGCUGCAAAAUUCGCGUACGAAAAAAACCCAGAAGAGAUUACGUCACGAAUGUUGAUCUGCGCGGCAGAAAAAAGGAACGUCGAAAUGUGCGAGUGGCUGGUUGGGCUUCUCGAAGCGCCGUUCAUUGAAAUUUUGAUACCUGCCUUUAUGUAUUUCAUAGCGCGUUAUAAACCUUUCGGCGAUGAAAUCAUUCCACAGUCUGCUCCCAAACUGCGUUCGUACAUUAAUCAAGUCGAUAGAGAAGGCAAAACUGCUCUCCAUUUGGCUGUGGACCAACACAAUCUCGGUGCUUUAGGUGCCUUGCUCGAGAUCGGCGCCGAUAUAGAAGUGCAAUAUCAAUUCUACAACUUGUUGAUCUACUGCUUAAAGAAAACAUUUUUGGAGGGCGCUAAGAUCGUGUACGCAAAGGACAGAAGCCAGUUGAGAGGAUGUGACGCGAAAAUGGCGUCGGCCUUUUCAAAAGAUCGCGUUGAAACAGAGAAUUGGCUGAAUUCUCUCCGCGCAACCACAAAUUCAAACUAA